UCUCAGAAUCAUAACACGGAAGUGCUGGUUCUUGUUUAAAUCAUGGCGGCUCCUUCAUUCUGUUCUUAUUUUCAUUUUUAAACACAUUUCUGUGGCUCCAUGGCUUCGGGGCUUGACUCGCGGGUUUGCCUGGUUGUCCUGUGCGGUUUGCCGGCGGUGGGUAAGUCCAGUCUGGCCCGGGAGCUGCGUGAUGCCGCGGCGGGGCUCGGGUGGAGGACGGCGGCGCUGAGCUACGACGAGCUGAUCCCGGAGGAGGCGUUUGUCUCCCGGGGAGCGGAGGACGAGGAGGAGACUGGGGAUAAGCACACCGAGUGGAAGCAGCAUCGUCAGGCCGUGUUAAAAUGUAUUGAACGCUUCCUGGACAGUCCGAGCAGUGACCAGACACAUCUCCUCAACGUCUGUAACAUUAUAAACAAAGGAUCGUGGGAAAAAUGCAUCCAGGAUCUUCUCAAACCUUCACCCAAACCUGCUCCAGUGAUUUUUCUCCUGGACGACAACUUCUACUACCCCAGCAUGAGAUACGAGGUCCACCAGCUCGCAAGGAAACACUCUUUGGGCUUCUGUCAGAUCUUCCUUCACUGUGACCUGGACACGUGUAUCCGUAGAAACCAGAGGAGGGCGGAGCCUGUUCCCUCGGAGGUCAUGGAGGAGAUGGAGCGACGUCUGCAGCCUCCGAACGCCCAGAGAAACACCUGGGAGUCGAACAGCAUCAGAAUCAACACGAACAACAGACUCGACACCAAAGACUUACAGGAGGUGUUGGAUCUGAUCUCAUUUGCCCUGAAGAACCCACUGAGCCCCAUUGAAGACAACACAGAGCAAAAGGAGGCUGACAGAGUAAAAUGUGCCAACAGUGUGGUGCACCAAGCGGAUCAGACCUGUAGAAAACUCAUCUCUGAAGCCAUGAAGACGGCCAGAGAAAACCACGUCCCGCCCACGACCAUGAGAACUCUGGCGUCUGAACUCAACGAACUUAAAUCAAAAUUUCUCCAGAAUUUAAAAACUCAAAUUCUUCUGGACUCUUCUUUUAUCGAAUCUGAAAACGUGGACGUGGAUCGAGCGGUGACGAAGGCCGUGCAGACGUUUGACAGAGACAAAAAGGACAUUGUGUUUAGAAUAAUACAAGAAUCAAAACAAGUUACACAAUGA